AUGGCUGCCAUGGUGCGGGUGCUGUGCGAGUGCCGGGCACUCUCCGACUCGAUGCCGCCGAUCUGCGAUGACGUAUUCGACUUUCUUGCGUCGAUCGGCGUUCGCCUUCGGCAUCUGCCAGUGAUCUACCAUGGAUACGACCUGAGGAAGCAUUCGAAGCAACUCGCUGUGUCUGCCGAGUCGCUCGUCUCCCUCGAGGUGCAGUCAAUUAGCAAAGCCAGUGUCUUGUCUCGCGUGUCUUUGCCGAAGCUAGUCGAGGUCACCAUUGGGUCGUGGCUACUCGAGUUUGUCUCUGUCCAGGAUAGAUUGCAUAGCAUCGACGAUGACUGUUUUGCACAGAUGGACCGCAUCUUCUCCGACCGUCAGUUUCCUGCUCUCAAAAAUUCACGCUUCUCCUUCGUUGCCUCGCCGAGUGUUCCAGCGAGGCGAUCGUCGUUAUAUCCGAAGCUUCCAGCCUUGCAUGCCAGUGGUCGCCUCCUAUCUUCUGUAACCGUCAAGAUCGAAAACCUCAGGCCUCAGCUUUGGUAG